GCGCGUUGGCCCUCAAGGGCCUCGCCAUGCCCGUGCUCUCCAUGCUGGGAGGCGCAGCUGCGGACCCAGCCACUGCCGCCUCCGCUGCCCCAGCAGCACCUGCUGCUGCUGCUGACGGCGCCAAGCCCACAUGGGGUGCGGCGAGCGCAGCUGGCUUUGCUUCUUGGAUGGGCGAAGGAGACGAGGGUGGCGAGAGCGGGGCAGAUGUUGGGGCAAACGGCGGGGCUAGCGGCAGGGAGAAAGGAGGAGCGGGGGGGAGGAAGCAGCUGGGGUGGGAGGACCUAGUGAGCAUGGACUUUGGGGGCGUGGGGGAGGACGCGGACGAGGGCGGCGCAGAUGGGGGGGCGUCGGGCGAGGUGGGUGUACUGGCCAUGCUGCAGAGAGGACUGGCGGACGAGGAGGAGGAGGACGAGGACGAGGAGGAAGAAGAGGAUGUGAUGGCAGCGCUGGCGAGCGGCAGUGCAGUGCCGCUGGGGGCGCCCAUGAUGGCGUCGGUGGCGUCUGCAGUGUCGGCUGCUGCCACCCGCCUGCUCAAGGCCACUGCCAGCGAGGAGGACGCUGCCGCCUUCUUUGCUGCUGUGGACCGGGAUGCCGUCCGCCCUGCCCCACCUGCCGCCGCCGCUGCUGCCCUUGCAGGGGCCACGCAGCAGCUGUUGCCGGGUGUGGGUGCACUGGGCGCUGCUGGUUCAGGAUCCGCGGAGUCUGGGCCUGCUAGGGUUGUGGAGGGUGGUGUUGGCGUGGGUGGGGGGAAGAGUGGGGAGGAGGGCGGGCAGGUGGAGGAGCGGGAGGAGGAGGAUGCGGCGGCCUGGUUCAUGUCUGCUGAUGCUGAUGGCGAUGCUGAUGCUGGUGCUGGUACUGGCGCUGACGCUGUUGGGGCUGACCUGGUAGACGGUGUGGAUGGGCAGGGGGAAGCCACGGCUCCUGGUGUUGGUUCUGAUGCCACCGCACUUGAUACAGCCGUGGAGGGAGGUGAUGAGGGGGCCGGUGGAGCGAUGGUAAGUGGAGAUGGCGUGGAGGGGGGAGAAGGGCAGUGGAGUGGAGCAGGUGAUCAGACAGUGGGGGAGCAGACAGUGGGAGAGGGGUAUACGGGAGAGCAGCAGAUGGCGGUGGAGGGCGGGGAGGCGGGGCAGGAGGGGCAGGCAUGGCAGGCGUAUGCGGAUGGCCAGGCUGGAUGGCAGCACGCGAGUGGGGGGCAGGGCGAGGGGCAGUAUGCAGGCCAGGGCGAGGGACAGUAUGGCGGGCAGGUGGAGGGCCAGUAUGGGGGGCAGGGAGACGGGCAGUAUGCAGGUCAGGGGGAGCUGACAGCGGAACAGUGGGAGGAGCAGCAGCGGCAGUGGGCAGAGGCGUACCCUGGCUGGUACUGGGACUACGCAGCAGGCGAGUGGAGGCAGAUCGAAGGCUAUGUGCCACCUGCCGCUGCUGACGUCGCAGCUGUAACUGAUGCCUCUGCCGCUGCACAAGCGGAUCCUGGACCAGCAGCAGUAGUAGCAGGCGACGCUACUGCAGCAGGCGCCACGGAGCAUGCAGUGACGGAGGCAGUUCCAUUAGAGCAUGCAGUCACUCCUGAAGCGGAAGCAGCAGUGGGUGAGUUGCCUGUCGCUGAGCCACAGGCAGAGGCGUGGCAAGGGGCAGGCGAGGUGGUUCCGGGUGGGUGGGGUGGAGCGGAGGGGAUGAUGGAUGUGGCACGCCAGGCUGAGAUGGUCGAGGGAGAGCCAGCUGACGCCCCGCCACCUGUCCCUGCUGCCGGUACAUCUGAGUUUCAGCCAGUGCUGAUGGCAGCAGGUGAACAGGGCGAGGAGCAGGCAGAGAGCAGUGUGCAGAAGGGGGUUACUGGAGUGGGCGGGGAUGAGCAGCUGCCAGUCAGUCCUGCUCUGCAGCCCCUGUCCUUCGAUGCUGCUCCUCCUCUGCCUCUCCUCCCUGACUCCCAACCCACCGUUCCCCCGCUCUCCUCUGAGCUCACUCAGGUGGGCGCGGGGAUGGAUAGUGGGGAGGAGAUGCGUGUGUGUGAGGGAGGCGAGACAGGGGGGGCGGAGGUUGCUGAGGAACGGGCUGCGGUGACUGACGCAGCGGGUAUGGAAGUGGGAAGUGCGGGUGGUGUGGGCGAGAGUGGGCAUGAUGCGUUUGACGCCGAGGGAGGCGCGGGGCAGGGGGAUGCUGACGUGCGGAUGGGGGAGGAGGGGCAGAUGGCAGGUGAAGCGGCAUGGGAGAACGAGCAGCAACAGGAGGGGCAGCAGCAGGUGGAGGGCCAGGGAGUAGAGGCAGCGGCAGUCGCUGAGUCGGGAGUUAUCGCGACGGAGUACCCGGGGUGGGUGGUGGACGCUGUUACUGGCGAGUGGCGGCAGGUGGGCGAGGCGGCGCCGGCAGCAGCAGAUGGGGCUAGCGGUGAGGCAGCAGGGGGGGAGGCCAUAGCGCUGCAGUACCCCGGGUGGCGUUGGGAUGGCCUGCUGGGCCAGUGGGUGCCGGACGACCAGCCAGAGUCUUCUGCGACAGGUGCUGCUGCAGAUGGGGCUGACGCUUCUCCAGACUUGGCUGAUGCUUCUGCUGGAACGGCGUUAACAGUAGAGGCUGUAGCGGUGGAGGCUGUAGCGGUGGAGGCUGUAGCGGUGGAGGCUGUAGGAGCGGAGACUGUAGCUGAAGGCGCAGUGGCGGCAGGCGCGGCAUUAAGUGAGUCCACUGCAGGGGAGCAGGAGUGGGUCCUGGGGCAAGAAGCAAGGGAGCCUGUAGUCGAGGGGUCGGAGUGGAUGGAAGCAGCAGCGGGAGAGGUGGUGGAUGCAGCAGCGGGAGAGGAGGGCAUGGGGGUUGCACCACCAGAGGCAAUGAGCGGUGCAGCAGCAGGGGGUGCAGAGGUCGACGGUAGUCAGAGUGAGGCAGUUGCAACGCAGGUAUUGGAUUCAGCUGAGAGUGGAAUUGAGGAUCCCGCAGGGAGUUCAGCAGAGUAUCUGGCGCCAGAGGAGCAAGUGUUGUCAGCAGGAGUAGAAGCAUUGGAGGCACAGGGAUGGGAGGCAGAUGGGGCAGGCAGUGAGGCAACAGCAGCGGGUGCAGUGGUGAGUGCAUUCACUGAGGGUGCGGAGACAGCGGGAAGUGAGGCCAUUGCAACGCAGUACCCUGGGUGGAUGUGGGAUCCUCUCACGUGCCAGUGGGUGCCCACAGGCGAGCAGCCAGCUGUAGCUGCCGACUCUGCUGCUGCCGACUCUGCUGCUGCUGGCUAUGCUGUUCUUGAUGACAUGGGCGAGAAUGUGGCUCUGGUAGGCGCGGAAGGAAUGGCAGUAGGGGGUCAAGCAGGGGGGGCAGCAGCCGUGGUGGCGGGGGAGGGGUGGCCUGAGAGUGAGGUGAGUGGGGCAGCGGUAGACUGGGCAGCAGAGGCGGUUGAGGGGGGCGUGGAGGGGUCGUUUGUGGGGUUUGAGGCGGAGGGGCAUGUGGUGAGUGAGGCAGGUGGGGAGGCGAUGGAGGGGCAGGCAGGUAGUGCAGGAGAGGAAGCAGAUGGCAAGGCGGAGGCAGACGGAUUUGCGGAUGUUGGUGUUGAGGCUGCGACUGAAGCUGAGGUCAGUGCUCCAGAGGUGGAUGAGGUUUCGGAGGCAGUUGUGGGGACAGAAGAGGGAGAGGGAGGGCAGCACGUAGGGGAAGAAGCGGUGGAGGGGUGGACAGACGGGCUGCAGGCGCUGGAUGCAGUGGCAGAUGCAGCAGCAGUUGAUGCGGCUGUUGCUGCUGCUGGUGUUGCUGCUAGUGUGGGUGCUGAGGAGACGGCAGCUGGAGUCACAGCAGAGGCGGAGGGUGCUUCCGUGGAGCCCUUCUGGGCGGACGCAGGGCCCGCGGAGGGAGGCUAUGGGGAGGCGCUGGGGGUGGGCGCAGGUGGUGCAGAGGAGGCAGUGGGAGAGGGCGGCGCAGGGAUGGCAGCAGUGGUGGCUGCAGAGGCAGAGGGCGCGGAGGCAGGAGGGUAUGAGGCGAUAGCAACGCAGUACCCCGGGUGGAUGUGGGAUCCUCUCACGGGCCAGUGGGUGCCCACAGGCGAGCAGCCCGCUGUAGCAGAUGCGGCUGAAGCAGGUGACGCUGGUGGAGAAGUUGAGGUCACGGGAGCAGACGCUGCUACAGCUGCAGUGAGUGGGCUCGAAGAAGGCGAUGCAGUGCCUGAGGCAGAAGCUGCAGCAGCAGCAGUAGAUGCAACAGUAGCAGGGGCGGCGAUAGGGAUGGGAGAGGGCGACGGGGUGUUUGAGGAGCAGGACCUGUCAGCGGACUCGGGGCCGGCUGUGGAACCAUUGGCAACUGAGGCGGAUGCAUGCGUGCCUGAGGCGGCUGUUGUGGCAGAGGGUAUAGCAGGGCAAGAGGAAACGGCAGGACAAGAAGGAUUAGCAGGAGAGGAGGGUACAGCAGGCGCAGGAGGCGUUUUUUGGGAGGAGGAGGUGGUAGAGGCAGCUGCUGUGGCAGCCCCUUGGGAAGCAGUGGGUGGGUCGACAGAAGCUGAUUUUGGGGAUUGGGGUGAGGGAACUACGGCGAGUGGGAUGGGGGCUGAAGGUGGGAAGGAGAAUGAGGGUGGGAUAAGCGCAUCACUGUUGAGUGCGGGAGGUGAGGUCGCUGGGGCUGAGGUGGCGGGUGGAGAGGCACAGGCACAGGCACAGGCACAGGCAGAGGCAGAAGCAGAGACGGAGGCAUUCGCGGUGGGUGGGGAGGCAGCUGGGGAUGGCGUUAUCGCGACGGAGUACCCGGGGUGGGUGGUGGAUGCAGUGACAGGCGAGUGGCGGCAGGUGGGCGAGGCAACGCCAGCAGCAGCAGAUGGCGCAGCAGCAGCAGAGGGGGCUGGCGAUGCGGCGGGCAGCAGCAGCGCAGCAGCAGCAGGGGGGGAGGCCAUCGCGCUGCAGUACCCCGGGUGGCGCUGGGAUGGCCUUAUUGGACAGUGGGUGCCGGAUGACCAGCCAGAGUCUGCUGCUGAUGGGGCUGAAGCUGUGGCGGCAGUGGCAGCUAUGACUGAGGGCGUGGCCGCAGAGACAGCUGCAGUGGAGGCGGUGGGUGAAGCAGCAGAGAGCUCAGGCAUGGAGGGUCUGGGUGGGGAGGCAGGGGUCGUUGAAGGUGGGGCAGAGGGGGGAGUGAUAGCAACCGAGUACCCGGGGUGGAGGUGGGACCCUGUGGUGGGUCAGUGGCUGCCCACAGACGAGCAGGUGCCUUCUGGUGCAGGCGCAGCUGCUGCUGCAGACGAAGCUACUGCUGCGGCUGUGGAGGCGGUGAGUGGCGCAGGGGACGAGGCAGCAGCGGUGGCUGGCAGUGUGGUAACAGGCGGGGAGAGUGCAGGCAGUGCGGGUGCGGAAGGUGCAGGCGUUGGGGCGGCAGAGGCGGAUGAGUGGGCUCAGUUUGAAGAGACGGUGCCCAAGGAAGGGGAGGCAGAGGGGGGAGUUGCAGCAGACGCAGGCAGUGCGGGGGCGUCUCAGGGCGAACCUGGCAUGCAGCUGUCGUUUGAGGCAGCUCCCCCCCUCCCUGGCCUCGCCCCGCCUCCGGACUCUCUUGCUGCUGCAACUGAGGACGCGCAUGCGCCUGGGACUGCUCUUGCUGCGAGCGCAGAGGCAGGUGGGGAGGAUGACGCACAGGGAGUAGAGGCAGGUGCGGCUUCAGCAGUGAGUGCAGCCGGUGCAAUUGCAGGAGGCGAGAUGACAGGUGGAGCAGGGGCGGGCGAGGCAGGGGCAUGGGCGCAGCAGGAUUGGAGCCAGUGGGGGCAGACGGAGUAUGAUGCUUACAAUGCUUGGUACUACCAGCAGCAGCAGCAGGCACAGGAAGGGGAGGGACAAACACAAGCCACAGAGUAUGGCAGUACAGAGGCAGUGGCAGCACAGAGUGCAGCAGCAGCAGGGGUUAAUGGGGAGGCGGUGGCAGCAGAGGGUGCAUCCUCGUACCCACCCACAGCAGACAGCCUGCUCGUGCCCACCUCCUCGCAGCCUCUGCAGCAGCCGCCAGUGUCCAUGCAGCCACAGCCGUUCCUGCCCGCGCCCGCCCCAUGGGGGGAGGGCAGCGCAGCAGAGGUGCAGGGCGGCAGCAGCUACCCUGGUGGGUCGUCUCAGCCCGACCCUGGUUACGGCCCUGCAGGCUCGCGCUACAGCCAGCCGGACCCUGGCUACAGCCAGCCCCAGCUACACGCCCCCUGGGUGCCAGGCACGGCAGGGAAGCCUGCAGUGGGGCUCAUGGUACCAUCCGCCCCAUACUCACAGCAGCAGCAGCAGCAACAAGCACAGCAGUCGGCAGGAGUUGGGGGGUAUGCACAGGGGUACCAGGGGUACCAGCAAGGGUACCAGUACGGGCAGUACGAGCAGCAGCAGCAGCAGUACCAGCCGGUGCAGUACAACCACGUGCCGCCCACCAGCACAGCGGAGGCGGUGCUGUCGUCUGCGGGCCGCCCGCCGCACACGCUGCUGGCGUUUGGGUUCGGAGGCAGGGCGGCCGUGGUGGUGCCUGGCAGCUCGCUCGGACAGACCAUGGGCUCACAGGGGCAGGUGGAGUUGUCCCCCCCAGUGCAGCCAACGCUGAAGCUUCUCCCCCUGCCACACCUCCUCAGCCUCGCCGCCCAUGACGGCGCCUCCACUGCCGCCAGCACCGCCGGCUCGCUCUACCUCGCCCCGCUCACCGGCAAGCAUGCGCCCAAUGGGCCGCUGACAGCUGGCGGCAUGUCGGCCAAGGAGCUGAGCAAGUGGCUGGAGGAGCGCGCGGAGCGGAGCGGCGAGGAGGAGGAGGCGGAGGCAGGGGGCGGUGGGGGCGCUGGGAGUGCGGAGAGGGCGGAGAGUGUGGCGCUGCUGUGGCGAGUGCUGCGAGUGGCGUGUCAGUUCUACGGGCAGCUGAGGCGGGAUGGCAUGGGCAGUCGCUCCGCACAGGGCGAGUCAUCGCCAGAGGCAGAGCUAGCCAAGGUACUGGCAGGGGGAGGGGCUGGAGCCAGCACCGCUACAGCCGCCCCCGCUACUGCUACAGCAGGGCCCUUCCCCUGGGUGGCAGCGCCGGCAGCAGCAGCAGCUCCCAUGGCGCCAUACGCCUCUGCAUGGUCGCCCCUGCCUGCUGCCGCCUCUGCUGCUGCCCGCGUGUCGGACCUCCAACUGCCCAUCCCCACUGAGGCUGCAGUUCAGGCGGCAGCGCAGGAGGUGAAGGCGCAUCUGGUGGCGGGGAGGCACAUGCAGGCGCUGGAGGCAGCCAAGGCGGGCCACCUGUGGGGGCUGGCGUUGCUGCUCGCGCAGCACAUGGGCGGCCCCUCUGACACGCGCCUCUUCCUCUCCACAGCACACGCCAUGGCGGCGCAGCAGUUUUCCCCUGGUGCCCCUCUGCGCACACUCACUCUGCUGCUCACCCAACAGCCCUCCGCCGUGUUUGCCUCUGCUGCCGCCGCUGCCACCGGUGCCGCUGCUGAUGCCACCAAGACAGGCGUCGGUGCUGGUGCUGGUACUGGUACUGCUGCUGGUGGUGAUGGUGGCACCAGCAGUGGGAGCAGCGACGAGGGUGUGCGAGCAAUGGUGGCGGAGUGGAGGGAGAAUGUGGCGCUGAUGGCAGCGACGCGCACGAGUGGCGAUGAGAGGGUCAUCUCCCACCUGGGCGACUGCCUGUGGCGCCUCAGGGGGGACGUGGCCGCAGCACACAUCUGCUACCUCGUUGCAGCAGGCAGUUUGGAGCCCUUCUCCUCCUCGGCACGCAUGUGCCUGCUGGGCACGGAUCACCUGAAGCACCCGCGCACGUUUGUGACGGCGCGGGCCAUUCAGCGCAGUGAGGUGCUCGAGUAUGCGUUUGUUCUCGGCAACCCGCAGUUCGUGCUGCUCCCCUUGAUGCCAUUUAAGCUUGUUUACGCUGCCAUGCUGGCCGAAGCAGGCCGCCCGGCCGCCGCCCUCAAGUACUGUAACGCGGUGCUGAAGAUGCUCAAGGCGGGCGGCAGGGGGCGGGGAGUGGCGGCGGAGGUGGAGGGGUGGAGAGCAGCAGCGGAGCAGAUGGAGGAGCGACUCAAGGUGCACGUGCAGGGGGCAGGGGGGGGCGGGGUGGCGGCAGCACGCGUGUUUGGUGAUCUCAUGAGCUUCCUUGAUAGAGGCGCUAGGAAGAUUGUCGGUGGGGGGCCUGCUGCUACGCCUCUUGCGCCAGGUGUCGCAUCGGCAUUGGGUGGAGGCGCCAUGGGGGACAUUGUGCCCGGUGGGGCUGGUAGCAAGCCGAGCUUGGGCGAGUCGUCUCGGUUUGGUUCGGCACCGAACCUGGGGGUGGCUGGGAAGGCUAGUACGACAGGGGGAGGGGGGCGGUGGGGGCUGGGCAAGCGUGCCAUUCCUGCAUCCACCUCGUCCCCGGGCCUGCACAGCGCGUCCGGGCCGAACCUGGUAGGCUUGGCGGAGGGGCAGGGUGCAGGUGCCACUGAAGCAGCUCCGGGUAGUGAAGGCGGUCUGGCGAGCAGCUACAGUGCUGCUGCUGCUACGAUGGCUGCUGGUGGUGGGGCGGCAGAUGGCUGGUCUGGUGGUGCACUGGGUGCGGCAGCAGGGGUGGGGGCGCAGGGAGGAACUGGAGGGGAGCAGGGCAGUGCGUGGAGUGGGGGAGUGCAAGGGACAGCAGGUGGUGGCAGUGAGUGGGGGCAGGGGGUCGCACAAGCAGGACAGAUGGAGCAGAACGAGGUGGCUGCACAGCAGUAUGGUGGUUACGGAGGAGGAGCGCAAGGAGGGCAGGAGCAAGGGGAACAGCAGACAGGCACAGGGGCAGGUGAGAUGCAAGGGGGUGAGAGAGAGGGUGGGGGCGAGGGCGAGUGGCACGAUGCAGCAGCUGAGGUGUUAUCAGACACCUCUGACUCCGCUGCAUGCACUCCCCUCUCCUCCUCCUCCACCCCUGCUGUCACCAGUGCUGACAUGCCCCCCAUCGCCCUCUCCCCGGCCUACGGCACGCCCACGGGGGAUAGCAGCGCAGCAGCGGCAGGGGGAGCAGGGGGAGCGAGCAGCAGGGCAGGGGAGGCGGUGCCUGCUGCAUCCCAGACGCCAGCCAUCAGGGAGGACGAGCCUCUCUCCAUGGCAGCGUUUUCUGCGGAGUGGCACGGCACGCCCAGUGCAGCAGGGUGGGGGUCAGGCCACCUCACACCCAUCAGGGAGUCCCCCAGCGGGGAGGGCGAUGCUGACUUUGUGCCCCAGGCCCAGCCUGCCCUUGUGCCGCGCUCCCAGUCCGCCUCCGCUGCAGAUCUACCCGCCCCAGGUGCACCUGCCGCCAAGAAGGCGGCCCCGCGCAGCAGAUUCUCCCUGGCUGGGCUGCUGGGCGGCCACCCGAGCAAAGUGAGCCCACAGGACAUGGCCGAGGGGAGCGCUGAUGCCACACUGACUGGGACGGGUGGGAAGGCGGGAGCGAGCGGCGAUGGGAGUGGCGGGGGUGGGCCGUCGACGUCGUCCUCGUCAGCGUCGCUGCUUGCCACGUCAUCGUCCAUGGGGCUGGUGACAGAGGAGGCGGUGGAGGGGCUGCUCGCUACGGGCACUGGCAUGUCCAACAAGCGCAGCGCCUCCGCUCCUGACAUGGGGCAGGCCGUGCCGGCCAAGGGCAGCAAGGGCAGAGCGGGCAAGCCGCCAGCAGCGCCAGGCGGGAAGGGGUUGGGGCGCCUCUUUGGGUACUUCUGGGGGGGCGGCUCUGCUGCUGGGAGCUCAGGGGGAGGAGGCGCAACCGGGAAGCAGGCGAAGCUGGGCGGGGAGAACACGUUCUAUUUCAACGAGAAGCUGAAGCGGUGGGUGGAGCGAGGCAAGGAGGACGAGGUCGUGGAAACCACCCUCGCCCCGCCCCCCACCGCCUUCGCCUUCGCCCCUGCCGCUCCCGGCACCUCCAACUCCGCUGACCCUCCUGCCACCACCCCUGCUGCUCCUGCUCCUGCUGCUGACGGUGCGCCGCCUGCUACGCCUGCACCGCCAGCUGUCCAUUCAGCAGCUCCUCCUGCGCCAGCUGCUGAUUCCACGUCAGCACCGGCCAGCUCAGCAGCGAAGCCCGGCCCGCCACUGGCUUACGCUGGCAGCUUUGGGCGGCGCAGUGCUGUGCGCUCCAGGUACGUGGACACAUUCAACAAGGGCGCCACACCCGCACCCACGCCUGCCGCCUCGCUGCUGCCGUCCAUCCCGCGCCCCAUGCCUGCUGCCGCUGGGGCAGCAGCAACGCCAGCAGCAGGCGGCCCACCAAAGUUCUUCAUGCCUGCUGCCCCCAUGGCAGUCAUGACCCCUGCCCCGGCUCAAAUGGGUGAGGCGAGCAGCAUGGAAGGGAUGGGUAAUGGAGUGGAGUCAUCAGGUGGGGCUGCUGUGGCAGGUGGUGGGUCGAAUGAAUCGGGAGCAGCACCUGGUGCUCCUGUGCCUGGGCUCAUGGCACCUGCAGGCAUGGCGAUGGGGGCACCGCCUAGAGCAGCAGCGGGGGCAGGCAGGGCGGGGCAGAGAGUGGGUGCGCAAGGAGGUGCGGGGGCACAGCAGCACAAGGGCGUGUGGGCGGCGCAGGGGUACAUGGCAGCUGCUCCUCCCAUGCUGCCCCCGGGGGCUCAGGUUGCACUGGGAGCAGCGGGAGCAGUGGGAGCGGCGCAGGGGUUUGCAAGCAGUGGGGCAUGGGGUGGUGCUGCGGGGGAUGGCAGCAGCAACGGCUUCCCAGGGGCUGAUGACAUGCAGCAGGUGGAGCUGUGA